AUGAAAGGACCUAAAUAUGUAGAAACCAACUUCCAGUUAUUAUUAUCAAGAAGAUUGGAAUACAAUAAACAUAUAAAUCAAAUAAAGAAUGCAAAAUGUAAUCCAAUGUUAGAGAAAAGAGUAACUUAUUUUUAUUUAAUUAGUCUUUAUCAUAAUAAUAGUCCUUUUUUAAAUAGUUGGAGUAAAAUUGGAAGUAGGCUAAUUUAAAAAGAGAAUAAAUGAAAUAUGAAGAUAUAGUUAAGUUAAAUACAAGAAUGCUAUUAAAAGUGGCUAAUGCUAAGGAGGACCAAUUAUUAUCAUAAAGUAAUUAUAAAAACUAAAGAAAAAGAUUCAUAAAAAGGUAGAAUUGACUCAGCAAGAUCAAGUAAAUCUUUACAUAGUGUAAUAAAGAAAACAAAGGAGAGAGAGUUAUUUUAAGAAAAUAAAAGAUUGAAAGAUAAAAUUGAGAAUGUGUAAUCUUCAAUUGCAUAUAAUAAAAUAAUAGAGAAUUUUAAUAAGUAAAUAUAUAACAAAAUAUGUAGACAUUAAGGUGAACGAGAUCGAUUAACAAGAAACUCAUAUAAAAAAUAGAAAAAGAUAAAAGAUAUGUUGGAUAAUCUGACAUCUUAAUCAAAAGCAUCUCUACAUUCUAAAAUUAAUUAAGUACCAAAAUUAAGGUUGCCAAAAAUCAAUUAAUAGGGAGAGAGUAUCAAAUCAUUAUAAUAAUUAAAUAAAUUAAGAAUAGAUGGUUUCUACACAGCCAGAUGA